AUGAGUGAGGUGUGGCAAGUUUUUGAUAAAAGCAUGUGUGGUCAGAGAGCAAUAUGCAGCAUUUGUAAUAAGUCUUAUGCUAACUCACUACUCAGAAGAAGCCUAUCAAUUACCAACGUUAGUUCAAUUAAUCCUCAAGAAGAUGCAAAUAUAGAUUUAGAUGGUCCAUCUACAAGUAAAUUAGUUUUGAAGCAAACGUUAUUACCCACAACGAAAAAGGGCAAUGUAAUUAGUAACCAAAGCUUGAUGUCUUCAUUCACUUUAACAAAGGCAUCACAAACGAAAAUUGAUGCAGCAUUAGCAUAUUUCAUUGCCGUGGACAUGAUGCCUUACAAUAUUGUAGCCAAAGAAGGAUUUAAACUCUAUACAAAGUCUCUAAAUUCAAGCUACAAUAUUCCUAGUAGAAAGACUAUCACUGAUUCCAAAAUACCAAAACUUAAAUAUGAUUUAGGUUCUAUAUGCUUAGGGUGUGUAGAAUUAUCAGAAGAUCACACUGGGGAAAACAUAGCUGAUACAUUGGAAUUAUUAUUAUUGGAUUAUAACUUAUCUGUUCCAAGCAAUAAUGUGUGUGCUUUUACAACUGAUUAUGGAGCAAACAUAUUAAAGGCUAUAAACAAUUUGAGAGUUCCACAUGUAACCUGCUUUAACACUGCUGUUGGACUAGGAUUAUCUAGUUUUCUGAAAACUUAUAAAAAAGGACAUUACAAAAAGUUAAUUUUGUCAGACGAAGAAAUUGAUGUUUUAAAAUGCAUAACUACAGUUUUAAAUCCAGUACGUGAAAUAACGGACCAUUUGGCUGGAGAGAAUUAUGUUACAGCAUCAGCUAUAUAUCCGGUCAUAUUUAAUUUAAAAACCAAAUUAUCUGAAGCUGUUAAUGCAAAUAAUAAUGACAAUGCUUCUGACAAUAUGUGCAGGGAGAUAAAAACAAAAAUAUUUUCUUGUAUAAUUACGGUUCUUGACAAACGUUAUGACAAUAAUACUGUGUUACAAAUUUCAAUGGUUUUAGACCCACGCUUCAAAACAACAUUUGUUGCCCUAGAAGAAGUUGCUGAAGUCAAACAAAAUAUUAUUGAAAAACGCCUGGAAUCUUGGACAGAAUGGUCUACCAACACCAGAACUGGAAGAACUAGUGAUGCAGCUAAUUCUGUACUUCCACUGGAUAUUCCUAAUCAACUAACUCACAAAAAAAAAAGACUGGGCUCUCUGCCAUUUUUGAUGAAUCCAUCAACAACGAAAAUGAUGAAGAAACUGAAUGGGGAUCGCUCUGGUCUAGGAGUAUCCACUGGACAUUAUAAGUCAAUAGUAUGGCGAGACAAUGAUCGGUGGGAAGUGUAUGAUGACCUUAAAGAAACAGCUACGAAUCCCUAUGGAAAAAAACAUAAUGUAGAAUUUUUAAUAUACACAAUAUAA